CUUGAUUCGUGUUAGCGAUUUACCAACUCGAUGUCAGGCUCGGUCUGCCUCCACUUUCUGAAGUCUCAUGGCCAUCGUCGAUCGUCGCAUUUCGCCAACAUGCUCAUUGAAAGUUGCGGUUAGAAUUUGAUCGCAGUGGGUUUGUGUUUACUAGAAUCAAUACGCUCUCGAUCUAGUCGUCACGGUUUUGCUGCGGAUAUCAGUACGAUGCGAUCGUAUCGUGCUUGCCUGAAACCGGGGCUCUGCUCAACCGCCACCAGCCGCACAGGCUGUAGGCACAUUCGUACAACGGCUGUUGCUGCCGAUGACAAAGCAAUACCUGGCUUUGUGGACGACAAGGCAUCGCAUUCGAGAGCUGGGCUUGACCCGACCACUAUUGGCCUUUUGGACGACAUGAACCUUGGCAUGGGUUCGGGUCAUAGGUCCGUGCGUCGCAAGCGACCACUGAUAUACGGACAAGAUUUACCCUCGAACGAUACUCCUAAGGGAUCCUCAACCAGCAAGACUCAGAAAGCCAAGGAGGACGAUGAAGCAGAACUGGACUUUUUGGCAGAGGUACUCAUGAAUGAACCCGAUGAGCUCGAGGCCUUGGACGAGGUCGCCAGGUUGGCUGGAGACGACAUCUUCGCCGCCCGACAUGACAAUGAAGAUGAAUCAAACCAGUACAUUGAACGGGAAGACAGGUUAUCACCGGCUGCUGCUUUUGGAUCAAAGCGUGUGGGGAUGGUAGUGAUACCGGAAGAGCUUAAUGAUGCUAUCCAAGCUCGCGUCGACGAGUCUGAUAAUCGCAAGCUGUUAAGGCAAGCAUUCUUGUCCAAAAUGUCCACGGCCAAAUCGCCUCGAGCCGCUCCGGUCCCGCGUGGUUCUUCCAAGAGAGCCCAUCUCUCCUCAUCUCUUCAGGAGCACAAUGCAUCGCCUGGAUCGACAUCGUCCGGCUACGUCAACAGGCGGAGCGAAGCUGUGACUCCGCUGAGUGCAUUGCUUAGUGCGAUCGUGGAUCUCCCCGGAGAAUAUGCCGCUGUCCGUAACGUUCUUGGGGAAUUGGAGAUGAGAUUGGGACGGAGGGAGUGGGAAGCAAUGUGCGGUAGAUCGACUACAAUUGGCCGCACUGACAGAAAUGGUCGAUGGGCAAUCAUCGACGGCGGAAUCGGAUCCGGACUGUGGGCAGUGCAAGAUGCGCUUGGACUGUUACAAUCUUCCAAAGCGGGUGAUAAUGAGCGAGCUGCGUCUGGACUGCAUCUCGAUGUUGUCCACGGCUCGCGACAUAUCCUGGAACUUGCUCAGAGCUUGACCACCCAGGUCGAUUUCAAGGGUGACAUCAACUUCACGAGGCUCUAUAAACCCACCGAGCGGCCUGGGGUCAUUCUGGCGCCUUAUUAUCUGAGCAAAUUGGCCAAUCAAGUCGCGCGACGGCGCAAACUGAAAGAGCUCUGGGAGACGGGAGCUGAAACCAUAAUCUUGAUCGACUCGGGUUCACACGAAGGCUUCCGGAUCAUCGCGGAUGCGCGUCAAUACCUGCUGGAUUUGGGACGCCAGACCCCCGUUGGUGCAGAGGAUUUGGAACCGGACGAGAUCGAUCGAAUUGUGCUGCGGGAAAAGAGAAAGGUGAAAAAAGCUCGAAGAAGAGCGCGAGACUUUGACGCAGUUGGGGGCGUAUUGGAGAUGGUCGAUGGCAAGGAGGUCCUGCGGAUAGGAGAUCAGCUUUUCUACCCGGAAGCGGAGGAUGGGGAUGAUACGAUGAAUGUAGCGCUCGAAGCAGAGUUACAAGAGGAACCCGACGUUCCAACACCUACGCCAAGACCAGAGCGGGUGCUGUCGGACCGUUUCAUCGGCAGCCAUGUCGUAGCACCGUGCCCCCACGACGGUGCAUGUCCUUUGUUGUCGACACGAGAUUCCUGUCACUUUUCUCAACGCGUGCAGACACCUCGUUUCGUUCGAAAGACGAAACACAGCAAGAGCGGCGAAUCAGACUCUAACUACUCGUACGUGGUCAUCCGACGCGGACGCAGGCCGAUGGCGGAGACCUCAGGUACCGGUCUAUACGGCGGUGUAGCCAAGGACGAAGCGCAAAGACAGGCUGCCAAGGAAGAGAGCAUGCAUCAAGGGAUGAUCGUCCCUAUCAAGGGUGCUCAGGAUGGGAGUUUCGAGGUCAUGCGAUAUAUUCCGCCAAAGGCCUCGACUGAACCGCCUGAACCCGUCGAUCCCUGGGAAAGCUCGCGAAUGCAAGACACAUUGCGGAAAGAGGCGUACCAAUGGCCGAGGCUAGUCUACCCGCCAUUGAAACGCUCGGGGCAUGUCGUCAUGGACACCUGUCAUCCUUCAGGAGCCAUCGUGCGACAGACGGUGGCCAAGUCGCAUUCGAAACAGGCUUACUAUGACGCUCGAAAGGUGAAUUGGGGCGAUCUCUUUCCACAUCCAUCCAAGGGUAAGGACACCAUCAGAGAUCGUGGAGUCAAACGGUUGAACAAGGUCGAACACGUGGAAGGGGUUCAGGUAGACGAGGAUGACGAUCUUGCUGAUAUCCCGAUCAGAGAGGAUUGGCCGGUCGCCAAGUUGGUCAAUGUUGGCGGUGUUGGUGAAGAGAGAGCUGGGGACGGGCAGGACGAUGGUGAUAUCAUCGUGCGUACCUAUGAUCAGCAGUAGAAUUAGGAUUUAGCGAUUCUGCAACAUCUUGUAUGAUGUGCACAACGUAUGGUGAUCAGACGACUACAUCAGCUAUCAGC